CAUGGCUCCCCGCCAUCGGUUGUCGAGGGACAUGCUGCUCGAAUACACGUGCAGUGUUGGUUGGGUAGGGGGUGGGGCUCCGUAUCGGCCCACGUGUUUGCAGGUAAGACUGUUCCAACCGACUUGCCAUCGAUCCGGGCGUGCAACUCGCGCGAGUGAGCCUCACGAUGAAUCGCAUCAGCCGGCACCUCCUGCAUCUAGCAGUUCUCGUGCGUUGUACGGUUGCGGAGUGGCAGCUCCAUGGGGGCCUGAAUUGUUUCAACGGCAAGGGUGCUGCCAGCAUCCCUGGCGGAGACCCUGCCCCUGGGGAGUUGACCGUGGAUGCCUGCAAGUCGCUGUGCGAGGCCGACCCACGCUGUGAUGGCGCUCUCGUGCAGAAGGGGCAGCCGUCCGGCGUGUGCUACCUGCGCAAGGACGUGGACAUCCCAGGCUGCAUGGACAGCCAGGAUUUCGACCUCUGGCUUCUCGCGGUGCGGGAGGGGCCAGGGCGCAACCUCGGCAUGGGCUUGGGCGCAGAAGAACCACCAAUCCAGCCACCCCCGUUGUCCAUUGCCAUGAGCGUAUCGCCGAGGGCGGUGUUCAAGAAUCACGAGGACGGAUACAAUAUCUACCGCAUACCUGCGCUUGUGCGCGUUGGCGGUGCGGAGGUGCUCGCUUUCAUCGAGGGGAGACAGAGCGGCAGCGACGCAGGGAAGAUCGACUUGGUCAUGAAGCGGAGCUCGGACGACGGUGCGACCUGGGGCCCGGCGCAGGUUGUCUCUAGCGGCCCUGGGGACAUCGCGCGCGGCAACCCGAGCCCAGUUUAUUGCGAGGAGACUGGCAGGUUGCUCCUUGUCUGGUGCUGGAAUAACCUGGAACUCUAUGCUCAGACCAGCGACGACAAGGGCCGAACAUGGAGCGAGGCCCGGAAGAUUAGCGAAAUGGUGAAGCGCCCAGGCUGGGGCUGGGUUGCCACAGGCCCAGGGCAUGCCAUCCAGCUGCGCAGGGGCCAGCACGAGGGGCGAAUCGUGGUUCCUUUCAAUUCCUUCUUCGAGAACGCGCUGGUGAAGAAGGUCAUACACCGGCAUGGCUGCGCUGAGAUAGAUGAGUGCAGCCGCUACUACAGCGCCGACAAGCAGAAUCUGGACGUGAGGGUGGAGAUCGAGAACCCACUGGACCCCGAAAUGGGGACGCUGCGAUCGAAGUGGUACAACGGCACCACUGAGCUUCCCUUGUACGUGUACGCUGGCGACCGCUCCGGGGUCUUCUACUCGGACGACGGUGGCGAGACCUGGCAGCUGGGAGGCAUGGUCAACUCGCGCAUCGGCUCGUCGGAGUGCCAGGUGGCAGAGACGGAAGAGGGUAUCUUCUUAUCUUUCCGCGUGGAGGACAAGGAUUCGGGCUGUCGCAAGAUUGCGUUCAGCAGGGACGGGGGGCAGAGCUUCGAGGAGUUCUUCGAGCCACAGGUGUGCAUCCCCGACCCCGUGUGCCAGGGCAGCAUCCUGGCCCUGGAGGACGGGCGGCUCGUGACAUGCGGGCCAGGCACCGCAGAGGGGCGCAGGGACAUCUCGCUGCACAUCUCGCACGGGCGCCUAGGCCAGAGCUCUCUCGGCUUCGCCCGGUUGGGCCUGGUGGAAGGGGGAGAUGGCGGCUACAGCGACGUCGUGCUUCUGGAGCCGAGCCCUUCCGGCGCGGCGCGUGUCGGGGUUAUCUGGGAGCACGGUUUCGCUGGCGGCGCCAGCUACGCGGUGGUGGACAUGCCGUCCACCGAGGAGACAGAGUUCAGGGACCCCGAAGACCCCUGGGUAGCUCUCGCGUGAGUCAGCGCCUCUCGGGCCCCUGAGGCCGCAACCGACGCUUCGGGAAUUAGGUCAUUCGUUUCAGAGCGAGCUUGGGUGACACGGGGCACGGGUGAGAAGAACUGUUGGUUGGCAACGGCGGAGAUAAUUGGCUCACAUUUUUUGUCGUGCCGGUAUUUCAGAAUUUAGGUUCUGCCUAGCACGUAUCCAGCUGCCUGCGGCAAGUCCUGCCAACGUGCCAGCCAAACAUUCUGGAUGGCGACUGUUUGAGGGAGCACGGGAUGCCGUCACGCGAGACACCUCGUGUUUCCAGGCGUCGGAGAGACGUGAUGAUACUGAGAAGGAUAAUGCGAAAUAGGAGGAGCAAUAAUAUGAAGGCCGUCAUGUGUGACACUUGCUAUCUUCAACAAUUGUUUUUCCAGUUCCUCGGCGCUGUUCGUGUCGUACCCCUCCCCUCUUCGGCAAGCCCCGCCAGAGCGCCAGGGAAACACCCGCCAGAGAGAGCAGGGUAUCCUUACACCAUAUUUUGUUCACGCGGUUCUUGCUCCUCCCACCCUUGCAGGGCGGACCCGCCCGAACGAACGGGGCUUGACUAU